UUGCUGCUGCUGGUGGUAGCGUUUCCUCCUGCUGGAAGAUGAUGAAUACAUGAGGAGAGAGGCUCUGAGCCUGCUUCUGUGCUGCGGGAGUGUCUCUCUCGCUCGCUCCCUCCCUCCCUCUCCCUCUGCCUGCUCCUGUGUGAGUGUGUGUUUGGCUCCCCGGCUAUGCGUGCGUGUACACUGUGUAUAUAUAUCUGAGCUGGGAGGUUAUUGCAAGCUUCUCUCAGCAGCGCUGCUCUGUACAGGAAGAAGGGCUCAGCUGCAGUGGUAGCAUCAACAGCAGCAUUAGCGGCACCAACUGCUAUUUUUGCCUUUCUUCCUUCCCUUCAUCUCCAUCUCCCUUUCCCCUCCCACCCCCCACGUCUUUUGGGGGAUUGCGUUUGAUUUUUUUUUUUUUUAAUUUUUCUCUUCUACAAACCUUCUUAUUUCAUACUUCGUGGCUUUUUUCUUCUUCUUUUUUUUUUUUUUUUCUUCCCCUUCCUCUGAGAAGAAGGCACAGACACAAACAGAGAGAAAUAAGGGAAAGAAAAGUACCGGGACUUAUCCUGCUGCUGCAAACCCAAAGAUAGCAGGUGAAGAGGGGGUUUGGCUUCUACCCCAAGGUAAAGCCCUGCCCCCUUUACCUCCUCGACACCUCCCCCGAGAAGGAGAAGGAGAGAGAGAGAAAGGGCCAAAGUGGAGAAAAGCAGGUCUUCUGCGGCUGGCAUUUGGAGUACAGGGAGCCAGGAAGUGAAGGAUGGUUGUGGUUACCCGAGCUGGCUGCAGGGCAGCUCUCUUCCUCUGGAUUUUCAGCAGCAUUAGCUGCAGAGCCAGGACUGCUCUGCCUGCAUCUCAAAAGUGCGAUGAACCUCUGGUCUCAGCAUUACCCCAUUCCUCCUUCAGCAGUUCAUCAUCUAUGACAAGCAGCUAUGUGCCAGGUUAUGCCAAGUUAAACAAGAGAGGAGGUGCAGGAGGUUGGUCUCCAUCAGACAGUGAUCAUUACCAAUGGCUGCAGGUGGAUUUUGGGAACAGGAAGCAGAUCAGUGCUAUUGCAACUCAAGGCAGGUACAGCAGUUCUGACUGGGUCACUCAAUAUCGGAUGCUUUAUAGUGAUACAGGGAGAAACUGGAAACCCUACCACCAAGAUGGAAAUAUCUGGGCAUUUCCUGGGAAUACAAACUCUGACAAUGUGGUCCGGCAUGAUUUACAACAUCCCGUUAUUGCGCGCUAUGUGAGGAUAGUUCCUUUGGACUGGAAUGGAGAGGGACAAAUUGGGUUAAGAAUUGAAGUCUAUGGCUGCUCCUACUGGGCUGAUGUUAUCAAUUUUGAUGGCCACGUAGUGUUACCGUACAGAUUCAGGAACAAGAAAAUGAAAACACUGAAAGAUGUCAUCUCUCUGAAAUUUAAGACCUCUGAAAGCGAAGGUGUAAUCUUCCACGGAGAAGGACAGCAAGGAGACUAUAUCACCUUGGAACUGAAGAAAGCCAAACUUGUUCUAAAUUUAAAUUUAGGCAGCAACCAACUUGGCUCCAUUUAUGGUCACACAUCUGUGAUGACAGGCAGCCUCUUGGAUGAUCACCACUGGCACUCCAUCAUCAUAGAGCGCCACGGGAGAAACAUCAAUCUCACCCUGGACAGACACAUGCAGCACUUCAGAACCAAUGGAGAAUUUGAUUACCUGGACCUGGAUUAUGAGAUAACCUUUGGAGGCAUGCCUUUUUCUGGGAAACCAAGUUCUAACAGUAGGAAAAAUUUCAAAGGCUGCAUGGAGAGCAUCAACUACAAUGGCAAUAAUAUCACUGACCUUGCCAAGAGGAAGAAAUUGGAACCUUCAAAUGUGGGAAAUUUAAGUUUUUCUUGUGUGGAGCCACAUACAGUGCCCGUCUUUUUCAAUGCCACCAGUUACCUCGAAGUUCCUGGCCGUCCCAGCCAGGAUCUGUUUUCAGUCAAUUUCCUUUUCCGAACCUGGAAUCCAAAUGGACUUCUUGUCUUCAGCAACUUUGCAGAUGACCUGGGAAAUGUUGAAAUUGACAUAAACGAAGGCAAAGUCAGUGUCCACAUCAAUGUCACCCAAGUGAAGAAGAACCGGAUAGACAUCUCGUCAGGCUCUGGGCUCAAUGAUGGGCAGUGGCAUGAAGUUCGAUUCCUAGCUAAGGAAAAUUUUGCUGUCCUUACCAUCGAUGGAGAUGAAGCUUCAGCUGUUCGAACAAACAGUCCUCUACAGGUUAAGACUGGCGAUAAAUAUUUCUUUGGAGGGUUUCCUGUACAGAUGAAUGACUCGGAUCACUCGCUACUUCAACAUUCUUUUCAAGGAUGCAUGCAGUUUAUUCACGUGGAUGAUCAGCUAGUGGAUUUGCAUGCAGUGGAGCAAGGCCAGCUGGGAAGCUUUGCUAAUGUCACCAUUGACAUGUGUGCCAUUAUUGACAGGUGUGUGCCAAAUCACUGCGAACACGGUGGAAAAUGCACCCAGACGUGGGACAGCUUCAAGUGCACUUGUGAUGGAACCGGAUACAGUGGCGCCACUUGUCAUAACUCUAUUUAUGAACUCUCUUGUGAAGCUUACAAACACUUGGGCAAAACUUCAAAUUACUACUGGAUAGAUCCAGAUGGAAGUGGGGCACUGGGACCUUUGAAAGUUUACUGCAACAUGACAGAGGAUAAAGUAUGGACAACUGUGUACCAUGAUCUGCAAAUGCAGACUUCCGUGGGAGGCAACAACCUGGAGAAGUUAUCUGUACUGCAGCUCAACUACAGUGCAACAAUGGACCAGAUUUCUGCCAUUACCAGUAGUGCUGAAUACUGUGAGCAGUUUAUCUCCUACUCUUGCAAGAUGUCCAGGCUGCUGAACACACCAGAAGGGAAUCCAUAUACCUGGUGGGUUGGAAAAGCCAAUGAGAAGCACUACUAUUGGGGUGGAUCAGGACCUGGCAUUCAAAAAUGUGCCUGCGGCAUCGAACGCAACUGUACUGAUCCCAAGUACUACUGCAACUGUGAUGCUGAUUAUAAGCAAUGGAGAAAAGACACUGGGAUGUUGUCAUACAAAGAGCACCUACCAGUGAGUCAGGUAGUGGUUGGAGACGUUGACCGGCCUGGGUCUGAAGCCAAGGUGUCUGUGGGUCCCGUGCGCUGUCAAGGAGAUCGGAAUUACUGGAACGCAGCUUCUUUUGUUACUUCAUCAUCUUACCUCCACUUCUCCACCUUCCAAGGGGAAACCAGCGCAGACAUCUCUUUCUAUUUCAAAACAUCAGCCUCGGAUGGGGUGUUUCUUGAGAAUCUGGGUAACACUGACUUCAUCAAACUGGAGCUGAAAUCUGCUACAGAGGUCUCCUUUUCAUUCGACGUCGGAAACGGGCCAGUGGAAAUUGUCGUCAGGUCUCCCAGCCAGCUCAAUGACGACCAGUGGCAUCGGGUCAACGCCGAGAGGAAUGUCAAACAGGCCAGCCUGCAGGUGGACCAGUUGCCCCUGGAGGUGCGGAAAGCGCCGACAGAAGGACACACGCGGCUGGAAUUGUACAGCCAGCUCUAUGUUGGUGCUGCAGGAGGCCAGCGAGGAUUCCUAGGCUGCAUUCGUUCAUUAAGGAUGAACGGUGUGACGCUGGACCUGGAAGAGAGAGCAAAAGUCACGCCAGGGGUGAAGCCUGGCUGCUCUGGCCACUGCACGAGCUACGGGAUGUACUGUGCAAAUGGAGGUAAAUGUGUCGAGAAAUACAAUGGCUACUCCUGUGACUGCUCCAAAACUGCCUACGAUGGACCAUUUUGCAUAAAAGAUGUUGGAGCAUUUUUUGAAGAAGGAAUGUGGCUUCGUUACAACUUCCACUCCCCAGGAACUAGCAUGAAGGAUUUAGUUAGCCGAACACUUUUGAGUUCUACAGAUGCUGAGAUCACAGCAUCACCUGACCUCAACUUGAAUAAAGAAGAGCUCAGCUUCAGCUUCAGUACCACCAAGUCCCCUUGUGUCCUAUUGUACAUCAGCUCCUAUACCCAGGACUUCAUGGCUGUGCUUGUGAAGCCAACUGGGAAUCUGCAGAUUCGGUACAGCCUUGGAGGCACCAAAGACCCAUAUAACAUUGAUAUUGACCACAGAAACAUGGCUAAUGGACAGCCCCACACUGUCAACAUCACACGGAAUGGACGGGACAUCGUACUGCAGCUUGAUCACUAUCCUCCAACAAGUUACAGCCUGCCAGCCACAUCUGACAUUCAGUUCAAUUCCCCAAAGGCACUGUUCCUAGGAAAAGUUAUAGAAAUUGGGAAGAUUGACCAAGAUAUAUAUAAAUACAACACCCCAGGAUUCACCGGCUGUCUAUCAAGAGUGCAGUUCAACCAGAUUGCUCCACUCAAAGCAGCUCUGAGACCUACCAACGCCUCCUCUCACGUUCACAUCCAAGGAGAACUGGUAGAAUCCAACUGCGGGGCAUCUCCACUCACCAUCCCACCAAUGUCGGCCGCUACUGACCCAUGGCACUUAGACUCAGCGAGUGCUGAUUUCCCAUACAACGGUCAAGCUAUAGGAGAUGGAGUUAACAGAAACUCUGCUAUUAUUGGAGGCAUCAUCGCAGUGGUGAUCUUCACCAUCCUCUGCACCUUGGUGUUCCUGAUCCGCUACAUGUUUCGCCACAAAGGAACCUAUCACACCAACGAGGCCAAAGGGGCAGAGUCAGCCGAGAGCGCCGACGCCGCCAUCAUGAACAAUGACCCCAACUUCACGGAGACCAUAGACGAGAGCAAAAAGGAAUGGCUUAUCUAAGCCUACGGGGAGGGGGCCUGGGGUGGGAUAUGAGCUGGGCCAGGGUGGGACUGGGAUGACUCUUGCAGUGGAGAGAGAACACUCUGUGUUGGACGCUUGAGCACACAUAGGGUAAAAAGAUCAGCACAACUGGUGGAGCAAGUGACAGGAAAAUACCACUGAGACUGGAGAAAAAAAAAUAAUAUCUCAAGCAUUUAAGAAAAAAUAUUUUUUAAUAUUUAUUUACAGCAAAUUGCCCCUUCUGUAUCCAAACAACUACAACAAAGAGCAGUUUUGCAGCUUCAGCACUGGUUAAAAUUUUCAGUAAUACCUGUCUAUUUCUCUGUGUGUUUAGAGAUGUUCUGGGUACUUGUGACAAGAAAUGGGGCUGGUUUUUUACAUUUUUUAAAAGCUGUUUAAAAUGUGGGUAGUUCUGUCCUGACAGCAAGGGGCAGCCCUUUCUUCCCGGCAUUGUGUUCCUUCAUGGUUGACCACUUUCUCACACACUGCGCUCAGCCCCACACCUUGACCAUAACACCGUUCAUUUCAGUGGUGUUGAUCAGGGGGUUCAGGGCUGGGGGUGGGACAGGGGCAUGAGGACUAAUGCAAAUCUUACUCAUCAGUGUCUCAACACAUCAUCGGCCCAUGUCAGCCCUGGCAGGAUCCACCUUCUUGACCCAGGCACUUUGUGGAUUGCGUGCAAUUGUCAUCAACAGUGUAAAAAUAUUUUUAUUAUGACUACUAUUACUACUAGAGAGGAUGACCGUAAAGCACAGGAAGCUUUAGGUGUUUUUUUUAUUAUUAUUUUGUUGGUCUCUGAGGGAGGAUGAUGCUGUGUGAGUCUGUAGACCUAAUCUGUUCCUGUAUCUUUGGCUGUGGCACUGGUGACCUGAGGAGCGUACCAGUUAAACUUGGCUCUGCCUGUGGCAUCUUGGCAUAUACUGUACACUGUAGUAGGGAAUUAGAGCCGGUCUUUGCUUCUGUUUCUUCUUAAUAGACUGUCAUAGAAUAAUUAGUACAGGUCUAGUCCAUGCAUUUGAACACACAGGCUUCACAUCAUGCUUUUUUCCCAACUCUAGAGUAGCAAGUUAUUCCUCAAAUCCCUUGUUUCAGUCCCUUUGCAAGGAAAGCCUCUGCUGGCAGGGUUUGCACAGUCAGGAAGGUGAGGCGAAGGAGGCUUGGAAACUCUGCCACCAGAGCACAUGAGAAACACACAGCACACAGGGCAGAGUUACUUUUCAACACGGAGAUUUACCUGAACUAUUUUACUGUCUUUGUAAGGCAUUUUUAAGAAUAGCAAGGCCAAGUGCAACAUUGCAUCCCAUUUUUCCUCUCAGACCACAGAAGUUGCAGGUGUUGCCUGAGCAGCAGGCAGGCAGCUAGUAGGAAAGGCAAAGGGGCAGCCUGAAGACCUAAUAUCCUUUGGUGGCAAUAACAAAGCUUUAGCUUGCCCUCUGUAGAGGAGAGUGGUUCUCCUGUGGUCUGAAGAAAUUUAAGGCCUUAAUGGGCAGGUUUUGCAGUGGAACAGAAUGACAGAAUGAAUACACUGCAGGACAAUUGCCGUGCGUUAAAAGAACAGAAACAAUACCAAGAAUUUUCCCUUGAAAGUUUUUAUGCUUGUGACAGUCCUAGAUUUGCUUUAUCUUUAAUAUUGCUGAGUUUAGUAUGCACAGAUUUAACCCAUUUUUCUGUAUAAGAAAGUUUAUUUUUCACCUAAAUGUGCAAUCUACUACACUUCCAUUAUUCUGGUUGAUGCUUUAAAAUGAAAAAAAAAAAAAAAAGAAAAGAAAAAAUCAUGUAGGGGAAAGAAAAAAGAAAAUAUUGGAGUCUUACCAGACAAGAAAUUGAUAAGCACAGUUUGGCAGACAGACAAGGCCAGAUACUUUGGGUUUUAAGUAUGGUAAAGUCCUCUUCUGAAUUCAUUGAACAUAGAUAUGAGCAAAUCAAACCCAUUAAUUUCUUGCAUUUGUGAAUUUGGAAUUAGCAUACAAAGAAGUUGCCAGUUUCAAAAAAAAAUUACUGUUUCUCAGGUAAGAUGUGGCAGAGAGCUUCAGGUAGGCAUAAAAACUACCUCUGUCACUCUUGUGCUCUGCAGUGUUUUGCCUUGCCUCCAGUAUUAACCUCUCCCUCUUUUGUCUGUAAUCAAGCAGAUGAGUCCUUAUUCUUGUUUAAUCAUGGGUGUAAGCUAAGUCCUCACUCCUUGGAGAAUAUCAGCAGGGCAUGAAUCUACCUUGAACCACUAUUCAGCAAACUACAUAGCAAUAUGUCUUCGUAGGAUUGAAAAGACAUAUGUCUUUGUAGGAUUGAAAAGACAUUAUCUUUUCUAUAUUACUUUAUAUUUAAUUUGAUUUUAGUGGUAUUUUAGUCCACUCUGAAAAACAUCCUUGCCUGCAACUUCAAGUUACCAAGAGAAGUGAAUAGAGUUUGCACAGACUGGGAUUUGGUUUGGAUAAAAAAAGUUACUAAUCUGAAUUUAAUGUCUGCGAGGAAGAUCAGACUUAGAUACCCUGAGAGACUAGAAUUGUCUGCUGUUUUAAGUGGGAGAGACAGAUUUCACAACCAUAGUUCAAGUUUGUCAAAUGCCUCAGCAUGGCAUUAGAAGGGAAAGAUGGCUUGGUCUCCAUGUCUAACCAAGUCCAUGGCAAAGCAAGGGACAAUUGUCUCUGGAUUGUGGUAGUGAGGCCUGUGACAUCUAUUCACUGAAUUUUCUAAAAGGUUACCAGCUAAUCUUCCACAAACCUGAAAGCAAGAAUUUCUGGAAAAUAACCUUCGACCAUUGCAUAAGCAAUAGUUAUAAAUUAGUGUCUUAAAUUAGAAAAACAGGGUUUAAAUUUCUGAAACCAAGUCACAAGCAUUUGUACCUCUCCAUAGACUGGACACACUAUGGACCUUUGGAAAGUUUCCUUUUUUGACAUGUGAAAUUCACUAGUGCUCUGUUAAAAUGCUGGUAAUCUUCACUCUUGUCUUAUUUUCGUGAUUCAGUCACUUUCAUGACUCUAGAAGCUUUUAAUUAUUAGAAUUCUUGUUUCUUCUUAAACUGGACCUUAGACAUUAUAUUAUCAAUUAGCAGCUGGUCUCUGUAUAGGCAGCUGGUCUCUGUAUAUUUGGUGACUUUAGGUGAAUUCCUGCCUGUCUGCUUUGUAUUUUAUUUCUGAGAAUGGCAUAUGUUUAAUUAUAGGCAGUGGACAUUCCGCAGGCUGGCAGUGAAGCAGGAGCAGGCUCAGAGAAGUAGUCUGUGUAUUUUGCUAGCACUAUAUCUAUUCUGAGGAUUUCUUCCUCUGCAAGCCUAUCAUUGAAAGCUGAAAUAACAUCCACAGUUUCUUUCACCCACUCUUACUUGUGCCAAAAAUCCAUGUUGUUUAACAGGUGCUGUCCUCACACCUGUAGUGGGAAAAUCUGUUGGAGGGGAGAGUGGGUCCUGCUUUUAUAAAACUCUGUACGUUCCCCAAAGAAUAUUAAAAUAAUUGGUCUUUUAAUACCUGUUUUUUAGCUCUUUCACCUAUUUGAACUGUGCAGAAAAAUGUAGCUUCUUGUACUGGUUUGGGAACCGAAGUGUCCCAGUUGUGUUUCUAAAAUGUUCACUCCUGAUUCCACAGGAAACAAUGACAAAACUGCCACCAGCAGUGGAGAGAGCAAGACUGGGAUGGCGAUUAGGGCUCUUGGUGUUAGUGAAAUAAUGUAAGCAAUAUUUUGGAUUCUCAUUCACAACACAUGCAGACCACCAGGUAAUGAGACAUGGAGCUCCAAAGAGCUGAAACAGUGGAGAACUUAUUUCCAUGUCAACCCAGCCUCAAAGGAAGUCUGCAAUCCAGUCUGGCGGUUUUGAAUCAAGCCUUUCACACACUACUUAUUCCAUAUUUACUGAUAGAAAAUUCAGAUGUAUUAAAUAGGCAUAUGUAUCUUUAAUUGGUACUGGAGCAUUUCUGCUUUGUAUUUUUUGUGUCUUAAAUGAUACCUGUACCUUUUAUAUCUCUUCUAGCAGUUAUCACUUAAAAGGUAUGGCAGCAUUUUAAUAUCAUGCUCUAGGUAGCAUGAUAUAUGUGAAAGGAUGGUCAUCAUAAAUAAUUUAGUAAGACUGCUGAAGCAGUGGUGUAUACAUAUAAGUUUAUUGUACCGAUAAAAAUUCAGUAUAAUUAAAACAGUGUCCUUUAAUAACAGGUGCAUCUAAUUUUCAGGGUAUCUGUUGAAAUGUGAAGCUAUCUCAGUUUGACAAGCAAUAGCCUUUAAUAUGGUUUCUCACAUGAAUGAUUUUACACUCCAUCAAGUAUGGUCAUUCUGAAAGGGUGUCAUUUUUUAAAAGUGAAAUCUAAAUUAUGUUAAGCAGAUGUCAUUGUCCAUCCUAGAGAAAUUAAAGAACCCUUACUUUCUAAAAGCAACAGCAUGUAAAUUAGAAUGAAAGAAGGACGUGUUUGUAUGCAUUGUAUCUUCUGUGAAUGUUUUUCCUUUUAACUAAAGCUCUAUUAGAAACCAGAUCAGUAAAUAAUGAGGGGGCGGGGGGGGGGGGGGAAACGACUUUUUUAAUUGUUUUAAUCACCCUAACAGGUGUUUCCUCAUGCUUUGUAUAUUCUGGUCAAUGUCUGAACUUUUGCCUUCUCUAGUACCAGGAAAUCAAUUUGGAAAGGACAGAAGUUGGAAAGGCCUCUUGAAAAAGACCCACACUACGUGAAAAAAGGGACUUCAGAAUGCAGUCCUACAUAGGAAGAGAGGGUGCUAAAACUAGGGUAGAUUUAUUGAAGUAAUAUGUUCCUCUUGCAUCAGGGUUACGUGUUGUGGAGUGUACAUCUGUACUUGUUGAGGUGGGCUGAGUGUCUGAGAGCAGGGUUUGGAUGGAAAUUAAAUUACUGCCUUUCUGCAUUCUUUGCAUUUCUGAUCACUUCGCAGGUAGCACCAAGCAGUCUGCUAUCCAUCUUGCUCAUAUUUGUUAUUGCAGAUCCUGUGGCAUUGCCAGCUUCACAAGGGUUACAUACCACAAGUGACUGAGUGUGGGUUGUUUGUCUUCCUUAACUCUGUCCUUUCCUUUAUGAAUGAGAGCCUUUUAUUGAAAUCAACAAAAAAACUGUAUGCCCAGUGCAACAGACUUGUGUCUGUUCCUUUUAAUAAACUACCUUAUCGGGCUUUAAAACCUUUUUAUGACAUGAAGCAUUUUAUAGAAGAAUUAUGUUAAAUGCACUUGAAUGGGAGAGUGUGAAAUCUAGGCAAAGAAGCACCAGUGCAACAACCACCUGAGUCAGAGGGACUGUGCUUGUCCCACGCUAUUUUUCUGUCUACAGUGUGAAUUGCCUUAACUACCCACCAAAUCUCUGGAUCCAUCCAAGACCUUAACUUACUUUGUGGAAUAUAAUAGUGGCAAAGUCCUGAUGUGAUACCAUAUUUUGACUGUUCAUUUGUACUGACUGCUGUAACCCCUAGAAGGAGAGCCAUGCUUUAUACAGGAAUAUUUCUCGUUUAUAGAGAAAAGCUCUAGAACAAAGAGAUGUGGGUGAAGGUUCAAGUGUAAAGUGAUACUUGAACACUGUGGCACCAAGUCCUUGCUUCUUGCUGUCACCACAUGUGUCUCACUGCAGCCAGAAGUGUGUGGGUGUGCACAUGCACCUCUAAAACCUAAGGCUAUUCAGGAUAUGAUGUCUGCACCACUCGGGUAAUGACUGCCAUAAUGGGGGUGGAUGAGAUACCAAACUUGCUUCAAAUCCAUGAGUCUGCAGUGCUAGCAAAAUCACUCGCUCUUGAAAUUAAGUGCAAUUUUGAAGAUAAACUCAGACUGUGCCCUACAGUAGCAGGCACACAUGGUGCCUCAAUGAGACAAGACUUGGACCUAGUUAUGGAAAAGCACUUAUUUAGCAAUCUGUAACACAGUUGUUUUAACUCUGACUUUCACAUAUUAACAGACAUCUUGAAACACUGUGCUCAAAACCCUGCUUAUGCCAACAGCUUAAGAACCAGGAAGAAAAGUUGCCAAUUUGUAGCUUCUUUAGAUGAGUCUUUUUAAAAAGUCAUUUAAUGUGAAAAAAAAAAAAAAAAAAAAAAAGAAAAGUUUUGGUAUCAGUGGUUCUUUCACUGAGAAUUAUUUCUUCUCAGUGGUUUUCUAUUUUUAAAAUAUCACAUGAGAAAUGUUAAGCAAUUUUCAAGCACAAGCCAAACUGUUCUAUGAAAAAGGGGUAUGAUAUACUCUGCAAAUAUACAUAAAAGCAAGUAACUAAUUUAGUGCAUUCCAUUUCUUCUGCAAUGCAGCAACUUCCAAUAAUGUUUACAUGUGCUCCCUCUGCUACUUUUUCCUUAAUGAAAAGCAUCUGAGUUAAACAACAAACAUAAAAGUGUGUACCCUUUGCUUUGCCAUAGAUUAAUGUUCUUGCUUGGUAUGUAACAGAGUAUUAAGGAAAAGCAAAUGGUUUAUUCCUCAGAUUUAAUAGCAUUAAUUCUGCUGUCUCCAAGGGUCAGAGAUAAACUAUCACCACAUCAAUUAUUAGAAUUUAGAGGUAUUUAUACUGAUAAUAUUCAAUAACUGGUACUCUGGAUUCUAGCAAAGAGCUGCUCUAAGAAAUUCUAAUUUAUUGAAAAGGUAGGUAGAUGUCAUUUUCUGACAGGUGAAAAAAGUAAAUUACUGGAACGAGACUAGAGCAGAAGCCAUUUGAGGGAAAUAUUUAGCAUGCAGAACAAUAAACUGUACCAGAAAGAAUUCCUUGUCUUCCACUUAAGGAUUUGGGAUAGGUACAGGGCUGCAGUCAGUUAUAUAUUACCAUGUGUUCAUUGCCUUUUUGGCAAAAAUAUUUGAGCUUCUCCCAUCUUUCACAUGCUCACUGUUGCAAGAACACAACUGAAGAUGUGAAACUUCAGCAAGUUGCUCUAGGCUACUGGUGAGAGCACAGUUGCAAGUCCCAACAAGUGGUCCUGUUGCUGCCUGUCCCUGUCGUCAUCUUUCCCCCAUCUUAAGAAUGUCACAGGUUGAAAGGGACCACAGAAGACCUUCUAGCCUGACUUUCUGUGGGAAAGGGAACCUAAAUGAGAUAAUGUAGCACCCUGUCCAGUCAUGUUGUUUUCCCCCAUUGACUCCAUUUUCAGGGUGGUAGGUUAUCAAUAGGCUCUCAUUUAAGACAGACAUAGAGUCACUGGAGUAAGUCAACAAACUCCUGAAUCAUCCAGAAAACAAAUCAUUUAGAUGACAAGUAGCCAUCCCCUGAAUACUAAUGUUUAUUCUCUAAACUGCACAUUCUCAUGCUUACGGUGCGUGUGUCACUGAAGGAGCCUGACCUUGGCACAGUCAAUAAAUCAUUCACAAGCUGAACAAAUAGCCCAGUACCGCUUUGUCUUAAAAAAAGUCCUUUGGGUAAAUGUUUAAAAAUACAUGUAUGGUUUGCCAUCAUAAAGCAUUGGACACAGUAUCAGCAGCUAGUUGUAAUUUAUUUCUGUUACAAAAUCAAGGUCUGUCUGUGGAUUUUUCUUGUGUGACUUGCACUAACAGGACCUUUAUCCUUGAAAUAGAAACUACUGCAAUAGGGCAAGGUAACAAAAAGAAAUUCCCUUUGCUGCACACUUUGAAACACAGAGCAAAGUCCUUUCCAUUACACAGUUCUGGUAUAGGCAUAGGAUCUCCGUACACAUCUAAUGUUUCCUUUUUUCCAAACUUCACUGCACACUACUCCAAGGAAAGAAAUUUGCUGGCAAUCUAGGUUUUUUCCCCAUCUCUUUCUUUACUUCAGAAGUGUUUCCUCUAACUGAAAAGUUUAUCACCUUUCAUAUCUUUAAACUCCUUCCCAGCAGUGCUUGCUGCUUUGGCCAUGGUGAAGCCUUCCUACCUUCCCAAAAUGUGACCAUUGUAGUGGGAGGGUUAUAUAGCACUAAUUCCUGUCUUCUGUUAUAUUUGCAGCUGGGUUUUAUCUGUUUAUAGUACUCAGUGACCUAAAGUACAAGGAUGGUACAAAUACUGAUGGUUUCUGCCAUCUGCAGCAUUAUUUUAUAACUUUUUGUAAUUUUUCCAAAAUCACAGCUCCGUCUGGCAAAGAAACUCUGAAAAUGAGGCAGCUGCACCUCAUUCCAUUAAACAUACUUAUUUUUUAUUUCUUAGUUCAAAUUUUCCCAAGAUAUAAUAAAAUAUCCCAAGAUAAUAAAAUUAAUGUCAAGCAAAAGCCAGCAUCUAUUUUCCUUAGGGCCACAGGAUGUCAGAAUUAGUUCUCAGCCAUCCCCUUCCCUUGUGCUAUUGUAGCAGCUAUACAAAGCCGCUGGUAGUAUCCAAAAUAGGAUACCAAAAAAAAUGACAUUCUAGAAACCUCAAUUGGUUUCAGUCUCUUGGAGUGUUAAAGGGUCAACAGGUCAAUUCUCCUACAGGUUUCAGUUAUGGGUACAUCCAAGAAAAUUCUUGACAAUGGUUAUUAAAUAAUUUUAUUUUCAUAGGAUCAGCAUCUUGGAGAGGGGAAAAAAAUGUUUCUAUGUUGGGAAACCUGAGAUAUUACACUCACCCCAUUGCAACUCCUGCAUUGUGUCUGAUCUUUUGAAGCCUCAGCUGCUUAAGAUAAGGAAUCAGAGUCACUUGAACAAAGAAGGCUAAGGCAUCGGUUGAUUCCCAUUAACUCUGAAGCACAGGGAACUGGUUUUCCAUAGAUCUGCUUUGCAUGUCAAUCUCAGUCAUACACAAGCAAUGAGGAUCUUUUCUUUUUCUCUGCUCUUCAGUGGAUCAAGACCCACCAGUGGGCUGGCUUGCAGGUGGAACAUAAAUUCUCUUCCGUCCUAGUGAACUGGUUCACACAUUGAACAGCCUGAGUCCAGGGAGUUCCUCUGGCACAGAAGUUCCUGAAAGGCUUCAGCUCCCCAGAAACCCUGCUAUCCCGUUUGACUAGGGUUAACAGAAGCCUGAUGGAAAUUAUCUGUACUGACUAGAUCCUACAUGUAGAUGCCAACCCUAACUAAGACUGCAGAAUUUCCUGGGAAUUAGAUUUCCCCCUCCCAUUAUGGAGUGCUUGGAGUGUGCUCAGUCUGACACUUCUUACUGACAUAUAUAAAUAGAGAUAUAGAGAUAAAUAGAUAUUUUUAUGGAGAUGUUUUAUAAGUGGCCUUUACUUUGUGCAUGGUAAUUAUUGCCAAACUUGUUAUUUAGAAGCUACAGAAAUGGCUGGUUCUGCAGUUCAGAAAGCAAUCAGCUGUCUCUGUUGCAAGGGAGACUUGGGGUACAGGCUUGGAUUUGGAUUUUUAUUAUUCAACUAUAAUUUGCAUGGUUUGGAUUUGGGUUUUGUCCCAGUGUCUUUUUUUUUUUCCUCAUUGGUUCUCUGGCAGGGACACAUUGGGCUCAAGCAGGAACUUCUCAGUCUUUGAGAGAUGGAUUGAAGCCAUCAGUGCCAUAUAACACUUCAGAAACACCUGCCUUGUACAGCCCGUGAUGUUGAUCAGUGUGAGGUCCUCAAGACACUAUUGGUGUUUUCACAGCAUAGUGAGAUGCUCCUAUUUCUCUGUCUUUGCUCGACAAGAUAGCAGGCUAGAAACACUUGGUCCAUGGGUAAGCCUUGUGAGUAGAAAAAGGGGUCAGCAGAGAGUAGGACACAAAUGAGGGCUCAGAAUUAGAUUCAUAUACAUAGCAGCAAGAGACUGUGAAAAUUGCUACUGAGGCAGGUAAUUUUACUUCCUCUCUUCUUUUACUCCCCCUUUAUUUUUUUUUAAGUACUGUUUGUAUGCCACAUCUGAGUAAUAGAUCUCUACCAGCCAGCCAGCUCUCAUUAACCUGGGCUGUUGGUUAGAGAUAGAAAUGCAAUUGUCCUUUCUUACUGAUCUCAUUCCUGCUGCUGUGGAGGAAAAGACCAGGGCUGUUAGCUAUUGGGAAAGCGAAAGCAGCCUCUCACCCCUUCCAUCCAAACCAGGUUGAAAGCCAAUCCCAGGGUUAUGUGCCUACAAAGCUGGCCCAAUUUCCUGGCAGGUGAACCAAGAGCUUGUCUGUUUGCAGUUACUCUAGUCCACAGGUUUCUUUCUUGAGCACAAUUUUCCCAUGGGACACAUAACCAGGAUAUAACGGUUACCCUACUUAAACAAAAAUGUGUAUAUUAAAAAAAAUCCUAAUCUGAAAGUAUAGUGUAUCUGAGAUUCCUGUUAUAGACACUUAGUCUACAAGAUUUAUGGCUACAUUUGCUAUGUUAUGCUUGAAUAAACAUAUAAAUCAUUCAAAUACACAAGACUGAUAAAAGUAAUAUGAUCUCUUUAAGGAGAAUAAACUGUUUGUAAAUUUAUAAAGAGUAUAAUCUGUUAGGCCUUAUUUGAAGUAUGUACUGUGGUUUGGUAAAAGUACAACAUUAAAAGAGCCUUGCCAGAUGA